AUGGAGGAGCCGUCGCUGCCCCUCAACAUCAACCCCAACAACUUCCCGGCCAAGCUGUGGCGGCUGGUGAACAGCCCGCGCUUCAGCUCCAUCCGCUGGGACGCCCGCGGCGAGGGGCUGCUCGUCGACCAGCCGCUCUUCGAGUUUGAGCUGCUGGGAGCGGGACCCGGUGGGGCCGCCGGGCCAGCUGGUGAUGGGGCAGCAGGAGCCGCCGACCUCUUCAAGACCAGGAACUUCACCAGCUUCAUCCGCCAGCUCAACCUCUACGGCUUCCGCAAGGUGGUGAUGGGGCCGGCGAGCAGCGGUGAUGGCAGCGGGUCCGCCGGGCCCCUGCACCACUUCCACAGCCCCAACUUUCGCCGCGACCGCCCCGACCUCCUCGUCCACCUGAAGCGCCUGACGAGCGCCAACAAGGCGAAGCUGGCAGCCGGCCUAGAGGUGACCAGCCGCCCGCCCAACCGCUUCCAGCGGCUGCUCGGCACAUCGCUGCACGGGAACCCACUGCUGCCGCCCCCAACACUCGGCGAAGCCAACAGGCCAGGACUGCUGACUGUAGGACAAUUUCAUCAACCUUAUCAUCAAGACGGUUUCUAUCCUUACUCCUACAUGUCAACCUCAUCCCAGAACCAUGGCACUUUAACCACAAACAGUUUAGAUCGGACUCCAAUCUCUUCCAGGACAUGGCAGGGUUCUUUUGGGUUGCUUCCAGGACAUGAGGCUUCCCCAGUUUUUCCAAGUAAAGAGGUUACCUUUCCAUCACUCCAGAGGUUUCCAACGGAGGUCACAUACACAGUCCUGCCUGCUGCCACUCUGCCACUUCAGCAAGGGUCUCAAACCAUUGCCACUUCCCUUCCAAAAUACAGCAGCUACGCAUCUUCAGUGCCGUACUCACAAGCCUAUUAUCCAACAGCUGCACCGCAGUGUUGUUCACCACCUGCCCACAUAGAUCCUAUGACCGGCUCUGCUAGUCCUGCAGCUUCGACAUACACCCACUGCAGCUUUUUCCAGAGUCCUCCAAUGCAGUCACCUUAUGCAGCUGAAUUUCUGUCCCCUAACUGGCCUUGUAAUACAUCUGAUGAAAACAGGAAGCCAGAUUUAAAUCUUGAAGCUGCGUUUCAGAUUGUUGAUGAGAUGCAUUUGUCACCCAAAGUUGAACUGGUGAAAGUGGAACCUGUGGAGAGCCAGUGUUCAACCCCUCAGUCUAACGGAAGUCAGCCACUGCAGGUUAAUAGUGAGAAUAGUGAUACACCUUCGACGGAGGAAAGCCAGCUAGAAUCUCUUACUCCUGUAGCUUCAGACACAUCAUUUCUGGUGGAAGCAGAUCAAGCAAUAAUUUGUUCUGCAUCACAGCCUGCUGAAUUUCUUUGUGCUACCCAUACCACUGUGCCUGUAGAAAGUGCUGCUGCUGAAAUAGUGCAAGAAUCUAUGACCACACAGGAAGCGUGUGAAAAACUGCAAGAACAACCACAUCACUGCCCAACUCAACCCUCUGUAAUGUUUGUUCUGGAAGGACCAUUCAUUCCAGAGCAGGACAAUACUAGUGUUAAAUAUGAAUUCAGUAUGUCAGAGAUAGAAGAGAGACAAUUCACUUCAGGAACUGAGCCUGUGAACAAAUCUGUAGAAGAGAUGGAUUCAUCUGUAAAACCUAGAUGCAGGAAAAGAAGACACAGUUCACACAACGACAAGUCCCCUGAUCUCCAUCUGCUGGUAGAUACAGCUUGCAAGCGGGGGUACCGUCCCGAGGAAGAAACAAGAGAGUGAGAAGUGAGUGACAAGUAUGUGAAAAUGUGCAGCAGCUGCCAGCUGGGUUCCCUUGUCGGACUCCAGCGGCAGUGCUUCGCACACAACGGGCACUUCGGAUCAUUUCAGCUGUGUUUUUUAAAAAAAAAACCUCUCUUUUUUUGCUCUCAUUUUAACUUUGUAGGUUAUUAGUCACUCCAUUUUUAACACUUCUGCCUUUAUACUUUCUAUCUGUUAAGUUAUAAAGUAUCUAGUGGUCAGAGUAUUUAAUACGAAGUAAUUACUUAGCUGUUUGUAUUCUUUAGAUAUGGAAAGUCUGAACUUUUUGUAAACAGGAAGCCUUAAAACCUUUUUCAAAACUUUCUUACUGGGAAGCCAAUUGUUUUUAGUGCUGUAUUUAGAAGCUUUUUAUUUAACAUUGUUGGAAGCUACAGUAUCCUCGGCAUAGAUAGUGUUUGGUGCUCUCACUGUCUUUGCUUGAAGUCAUACUGUGGCCCUUCACUGGGAAUUGUGUACGAAACAAAAGCAUAGGAAAGUCACAAGAUUCUGGGGCUGAAUGGGUCAAGGAUUUCAGGAGAGGAGCUAUAGGAAAGAUGAGCUAAUUUUCUAAGUCAUUAACCAGGAACUGCUCUUCCUUCCUAAACCAACGCUCUGUUUCAGCAGCAAAUGUAUCUUUUCUGGUGGGUAUCCAUUACAUAGGACAGCUGCUGAUCUUUUACAUUAAUGGGGAAUUCUUCUGUUUUAAUAAUUGUCUUUUUCUAACAGUAGCUAUAAUAAUAAGUUAUUUGUAGUUUUAGUGCUUUGUUUUAAAUAGCUCUUUAAAUGAUAUUUUUAACUUUUUAAAUAUGGUUGUAUUUAUAUUGAUAGUAGAUCUUAAGUUUUUAAUAGCUAUGCAUUUGUAUUUGUAUAAGGAUAAAGGGGGCAUGUUCUAUAUUUAUGUUGAAUACAUGUAGAAGAGCACGUAAAACAUAAAUUUAAUUGUUUCAUGCAUGUUGAUACUUCUGUUAUAAUUAAUUAGAGCCAGCCCUGAGCAAAGCGCACAAGAAAGGAGCAGAGAGAAUUUACCAGGACCACCUCAGUUACACCCUCCAGAGCUCUGUGUAGCUUCCAGCUGUGGUCAGGAUGCCCUAAGUGAACCCUGAGCUGUAGGAUGAACCGAGGUGGAACCUUUAGUUAUUCACCAGCAGCCCAAACUAGACACAGGCAAUCUGAGGAUGCUUUUAGGUAGGGUGAGCGGCAGCGUUACCAUACUGACUGUCCUCGGAUUUGUUACUCUUUAUUAUCUGUUAGGCUAGGUGCUUGCAUUCAAGUCCUGCUCCUCAAAUGAAACAACAUGGAAAGCAUUUCUAAAUGAAUGAGAGAGUUCAGGUAGUUAAAAGGAAAAGAUGUUUGAUGACAUUGCUGCAGCUUUGUCACCAGAGCUUGAUUUUGUGCUGCCCAGCUGAUGUGGCUUGAGACCGCUGGACGACGUGCAUGGAAGUAGUGGACGGUCCAUACGUCCUGUGGUAGUUUGUGCCGUUGGUAGGAGCAGGGCUUGAGGGCAUCGGUCUAGCCAUCCUGGUUCCAAGGUGUAAGGAGAUGGAGAUCUUGGGAAUUCAGCCUUAGCAAACUAGAGCUGCUGCUUCUUUAGGUGAAAUAAAACACAAAGGGAACUUCUUAGCUUACCUUUCUUGCUCCUGGUUACCACCAAAAGAUUUGAUACUUUCAGAGAUUUAAGUUAGGGGAGCCUAACUUAGGGGAGUCAUAAUGCUUUAUGAUUCUAAAGACAAAUGAUGAAAUCUUAGUAUUAAAAUUUUUUAAUAUGCUAAUUUUAAAAGGUUAUGGAGCUGGAUCUCCUGCAGUACAGCACUUUCUGAAUACACAUGCGUGUAAACUCUGUUCUUAACCAACUCACCGACAUACUGUGAGCGCAGGAGAAAGGGCACUCGCUACUUUAGGAAAUUAGUAUAGUAUUGUACAAGGCCUCACAAGUCUCUAGAUAGAAUUUCUAGCAUUUUAGCACCUUAACGUGGAUGUAGUUUAGUCGGUAAAUAAUAAGUAACUUCUAUAACAGGAUGUUUUUAACUAUAUUGUUGUUAAUGGGAACAGGGUGGGAUUUGUUUACCUUGAGGAUGUUCUUUUAUACCGCUGCUUAGGCAGCA